AUGCCCAUCACACUUGACUCUGGCACUCGUCACUUCAUGUCAACGCUUUCCAAUCUCACAUUGAAUCAUAUAUGUUUAUCUACAGCAUUGGAUAUGACUUCUAUUGAAAUUACCCAGUGGCUAUUUGGCAAUUCGUUGAAGACUUCAGUCAUUGAAUAUGUUGCUCAACUAUGGGAAGGAAUUCUAGAGACAUACACUGUAGUUGUCACUGCAUUCAAGAAUACUGAGAAAGCACCUGCACUACUCCCUUAUGUGCCAUCCUCGAGCUUGUCCAUCAAUGUCUAG